CAUAUGCCUACCUGGAUAAGAAUGUAACUUUUCGAGCCUUCCUCUCCAUUGGCCUUAAUGGACAAAACCAAAUCUUCAAAAACAGGGCCAGAGACACAAAGCAACUCGCAAAAACAAAAACAAAGCCUGAAAAGUGUGUGAAUAACACAACUAUAUUCACACUCAUUCGAUGCCUCUAAAAGUAUUCAUUAUAGUAAACUCAGAAUCUCAUUAAUUGCAGUUUCUUCAGGUGGCCUCCAACUGUUUGAAGAAAUGCCUGAACGAUGGUUUCACUCAUUUUUACGCCAACCCAUUUGAGUUUUCCACCUAUUCCCCGAAAAAGACUUCACUCCCGAAGAAAAGAUUCCAUUUUUAAUCUUGUAUUGGAAAAAGAUAUGGGGUCUUUUCGGGUUUUUAAGCUUAGCAAGAAAAGAGCCGGGGAUAGUGCAUAUUGCUGGUGUAGGAAAGGGUUGGGAAGUGAAGGGGAUAUGGAGCUGGAAGAGGAGAUUUUGGCUUUCAUGGAGUUAUCUGAGAACCCAAAUGCUUUUCCAACAAUGAAAGAAUUGGAGAAAGCUGGACGGGUGGAUUUGGUAGAAGCUAUAAAGAACAGAGGAGGGUGGUUUUUGUUUGGUUGGGACGCUGAGGAUGAUGAUACGAACACUGUGAAUGUUAAUGAAGUUGAGACUGUGGAAAUGCAUUUUGACAUUGAGGAGUUUCAUAGAAGAGUCGAGAGUUGUCAAGAGAGUGAUUUAUUACAUGAGAAUGAAGCUCAUUUUCCUGCCUUGUCCUCUGGUAGAUCGAUAGAAACUGUAGCAGAGGAAGAUAGCGGGAUUGAAGGGAUAUUGAGUCGACUAGAAAAAGAGAGGAACUCAUCUCUUGGUAUUGAUCUGGGAAAACAUGGACAUAUUUCUCGUAAUUCAAGUAGGGACAACAUAGAUGAAAGAAGCUUUGGAACUACUGAUGCAGACAGGACUGACCAAGGGAAAAAUGGUAGCCUCAGUAAAGGUAGCCCCAUGAAAGACAUUCGAAGUGACGAGGAGUUUAACCAUAGCAUUUCACCAGCCAUGUGGAGAAAAUGGAGCAAACAACGUGCAGGCCUUCAGGAAAUUGAUUUUGAAGCUGGUGAGGCUGCCCUGGGUAAAAGUUGGAUUGAAGGUACCAGCGAAGCUUCGGGAGAUGAUGUAGUUAAUAUCACAGAGAGUAGAACUGAAGCUUUACGAAGAUCGAAAAACGACAACCACAAUGGGAUAAGCACUCGGCUUCAACAUUUAGAGCUUGAGCUAUCCUUGACACUCUGCUCAUUGAAAUCCAAUAGUGAGGAGUUACGUUCGAAGGAGGUUUUUGGAAGCUCCCCAAGUGAUUCUGAUGCAUGGGAGUUUCAAGAGAAUGAAUCCAUCAAAUCCCGGGAGAGAUUGAGGUUGAUUCGUGCAAAGCUGGCUGUGCUUGAGGGGAAAAUGACACUUGCAAUGAAUGAUGCACAGAAGAUGUUAGGCGAGAAGCAGAAGAGGAUUGAUAGGGCUAGUAAAGCUUUACAACUUCUUCGUACUGCUUGGAUUGUUUGGCCUAACUCCGCCUCAGAGGUUCUUCUAGUAGGUUCUUUUGAUGGAUGGACAACUCAGAGAAAGAUGGAAAGAUCGAGCACGGGUGUUUUUUCUGUAAACCUAAAGCUGUAUCCAGGCAGAUAUGAGAUCAAGUUCGUUGUUGAUGGCAUAUGGAAAAUUGAUCCUUUGAGGCCCAUUGUUCACAACAACGGACACGAAAACAAUCUUCUCAUUGUUACAUAAGAGCAUGUCCCUGCCAAGUUACUUCGGAAUUUGAAAGAUCAACAGAUCCUAUGUGGUUAAAGGACUUACAAAUUUGAUUCUGUUGGAAGUUCUACCAAGCUGUGAUGUUUUUUGCUUCUAGACAAUUGUUUGAUGAUUAGUCUUGGGUUCCAUGUAAAAUUUUGUAGUCAUUUCCUCACCAUUCUUUGACCCCUAUCCAAUACAGGUUCGUUACUUGGCUAUGUAAAGUUAAACUUGAUCAUCGUUUUAGUAAAAGAAAGUUGAAAUUCUUUGGUA